UAUUUGUGCAGGAUUGGAAUAGCAACGAUAUGUCCCAUUACUGCCUGGUUGCGUUGAGUAUCGCAUAAAACAUGGUGAAACGUGAAAGAUCCAGCGAGAAAAGGACCAUUUCUAUCUUCUUAGUGUGAGAAAAAUUGAUCAACAUAGUUCCGAAUCGACGGGAAUUGAUGUGCCGGGAAACAUUGCUGCCUUUCCCUUGUGCUUCAAUUUCUUGGCAGCGAUUGUAAAGACGCCUACCUCAAUUGUUUGGCAGGACAGUAUUGCUAUUGGGAAACCAUUUAUAUACAAGUUGGCCGUCGCCAAAGAGUGCAAUCACAUCGUUGAAUCUACGGUUCCAGCUCUUGAGCGGUUGUUAGAUUGACCAGCCGACUUAGCCAACGAAGGAGCUACCACCAUGCGAAGCCGCACAGAAAUGGUAACCAACACGAUCGACGGGUCGGACUUUGACGAAGACACCGAUUUCGAAGACUCUGAAGAAGACUGGCGUCCCGAGAAGGGCGAAACGAAGGGCGGCUUGAAGCGAAAACCUCGUGACAUAAUCACUGGCAGUGGUAGUAGUGGACGGCGUGGAGGUCGGGGUAGUGGAUCGAAACGUGGCCGCCAAGCCGCCAGCCGCCCCGGGCGCAAGCCAAAAUCGGCUGAAAAUACUGAUCGAUCUUCGAUGACGGGUGAUGACGACGAGGAAGGGGACGAUGUCGAAGAGGACGAUCCGCACUCGGAGAGUGAGCCGGACACUGACGAUAGUUCGGCCUCACCGGCACGGAAGCGUGGUCGCAAGCCGAAAAUGGGGAAGCGAACGCCGAGCCGCAAAAGUGGCGGUGGGGCGUCUACCUCGAAAGACACAAAACAAAGUCCAACGACAUCUGAAGGAGAGGGUACGACGUCGACCAAGUCGAAGCCAAUCCAGCGGAAGGUUGUUAACAUUACGAGCAGCUUUCCGGAUAAGGCCGGCAUCUUGAAGUUGUACGUGUUUAAGGACGAUCUGCGAGAAGGAAUUCGUGACAAUCUGAAGGUCUCCUUGUGGCGCCGCGAUGGUUCCAGCUUGCUGCAGAAGUAUUUCCGUGACAAAACCACAUCUCCCACUACGCCCCAGUUUACAUCCUCGAUGGUGUAUUCUUGCUGGGAGGACAAACGGGCCAGCGACUACAUGGAAGUGAAGGUCCGGUGCAUUGAGCAAUCGAAGCAGUUACGGGUGCAGGUUAUGGAUGUGGACGCGACGGAGCGACGCGCCAAAGAGGAGUACGAAGAAUAUUUAGCGAGCAACGCGAAGCGAAACUCGAAUCCUAGUGAAGGCGAGCGAAACAAUGGCAACGCCAGCACCAAGAAGGAUGACCACAACGACGACGAAACCGAGGAGUAUGGGGACGACGAAGAAGCGGCUGCUGAGGAGGAGGACGAGGCCGAAGAGGAGGACGAAGGCAGCGAGGAAGAAGCGCCCCAGGAGGAAUGAUUGCAAUGAAACGAAAAAUACACAGUUUGGGGAGAGAAAAAGAAAGACCGACAGAGAACUAGGACAUACGGUAAGUUCAACUUCGCUAUCUAUCUCUGUGCCGGAAGGAUUUGAAACAGAGUCUCGGUGCGCACUCGUCCUGUCGUCAAUCUGUCAUUUACUAUUUAAAUCGCAAUGUGUGGACUAAAAAUCAAGUACGUUGUCGCUGCGAGCGGAAGUUCGGAGAGCACUGUUUUAUCACUGUGAAACGCCGAUCUGUACGAUCUUCGCUCAGCGUUGUGGAUUAAUGUUGUAACGUUUAUGUUAUUAUGUGGAAACGAUGAAGAACUUGCCGAUCGCGACCGAUGAGAUUACUUUAGGAAGCAAGAAACAUCUAUGACAAGCAUUAAAAUGGACAUCAAACAAACAUUCACACACUUCUAGUUCGUGUGUAGCCCCGUAUUUAUCGCAACGACAAUGUAACCGGAACCAGGCGACGCUGAAAAUGGAUUCAUUGUUUUAAAUGGAGCAAUAACUUUGUGCAAA